AAGCCCUUUCUUGUUUUUGUAUUUCCUUAGAUUAGGGUUUAAGGGCGCAAUGCCACGCUCAUGAAUUCUGUUCACAUCGGGAAAUUACUCCCCAGAUAUCAGCGUAUUGCAAGAUUCUGUGGAACCACAAUGGCUAAAGAGCAGAGACAAUCGGACAACAAGGUCUAUUUCCAUUACAACCACACCGAUCCCUGCAAAUUCGCGAGAUGGACAACAAGGGAAAGCUUUGAGUUCAUGCACGGUCGGCCCUGGCAAGAAGUUGCCGACUUCUAUUCCAAUGUGGUGAAUGGGAACUUGUCACUGUUGCAACUGUUUGAUGAAGUUCAGUGAAUCUACUACCAUCCCCGGGUACCGGGUGUGAACAUUAGAUUAGGUGCUGGCGUGCUGCAGUUUCUUGACCUUUAAGUCCUUACCUCAACUGGUAGGUGGAAUAAACUGCUGCUUAUUCCAAAAUUUACAAGACUGCCUUGUGUGAGGUUAUAAAUUUCAUUUGAUCCUAAUACUAUGCCCUAAUACUAUAAUUCUAGGAUUCAUAUGUUUUUUUCUUAUCCUCUUGGUUUCUUACAUUUCAUUGUAGACAAAUCUCCUAUGCAGACACAUAAUAAUCUUGAUGUUGCUAAACUAUCUGAAGUUUGCAAUAGAACCGACUUUGAGGGCACUUUGAAGGAAGAUAGAUCUGGGAGGUUGGAAAGAGUGACAUUCAAGAUAGUUCUUUCUUAUCAUGGGUGUUCAUUUGACGGUUGGCAGAAGCAACCUGGUUUGAACACGGUUCAGGGAUUAGUAGAACAGUGUUUGGGUAGAUUUGUCGAUGAGAGGAAAGCUCAACUACUUAAAGAAAAAUCCAAGCCAUUAGAAGGGUGUGCUGCUGUUGCUGGCCGCACGGACAAAGGAGUCUCCGCUCUUCAGCAAGUUUGUUCUUUCUAUACAUGGAGGAAGGAUAUUAGGAUUCAGGACAUUGAAGAUGUUAUCAACAGCACAGCACCGGGGAAACUCAGGGCUGUAUCAAUCUCUGAGGUUUCACGUUCAUUCCAUCCCAAUUUUUCAGCCAAAUGGAGGCGGUACUUGUAUAUUUUUCCUUUCAAUGGCGGUGAAAACAGAGAGCCCAGCUUGCGAUGCGGAGAGGAGGAGAACAUUUUGACUGAGAAUGGACACUAUGGAGGGCAAAGAGAUGUCUCUGAUGAGCUCAGAUGGGAGGGGGAUGAUAACAACUUAAUAGUCAGGGAUGACGGUGAGCUCCAAGGUCCAAAGAAAUCUAGUACAUUUACUGUGUGCAAGGUUAACAGACUUCUGCAGCAACUAGAGGGGAAGUUAUUGUCCUACAGAAUCUUUGCUCGUGACACAAAGGCUUCCAGAAGCAUAGGUCCUCCAACAGAGUGCUUUAUGUAUCAUGCUCGAGCUGCAGAAGCCACUAUACCGCAACCUCAUCCUGGAGCUGGAAGAACAGUUAUGUGUAUAGAACUGGUUGCGAAUCGCUUCCUGCGCAGGAUGGUUCGAGUUCUUGUUGCGACAUCGAUAAGGGAGGCAGCUGCUGGCGCAGAAGAUGAUGCUCUGCUAAAGCUAAUGGAUGCUACCUGUCGAAGGGCCACUGCUCCGCCUGCUCCUCCAGAAGGUUUGUGUAUGGUUAAUGUAGGGUAUGCUGAAUUCGACCCCCGUAACUGCAUCAUUCCAUGAUGUUAUUAUCUCUCUUUCACAGAGUCAGAGCUUUUCUUGUAGGGUAUACUG